AUCAUUUGCAGUUAGAGAAGUGUGGAAGAUAAACUAAAAACCAUGAAGCACAUUCUUUUGAGUUUUAUUUCAAUUUUAUGUGUCUUGCAAAUAACCUGUAAGAAAAAUGAAAAGAGUUCAAUGCAAAACAAUAAUAUAAAACUUAAUGCAGAAAAACAAAUCGUCGUCAUACACAAUUAUGGAAAUCUUACUGUACACAAAAAUGGCGACAUGGUUCCGAUAAAAGAAAUGAAACCUUCUGUAAUAAGAAAACCUACUGUAAAAAGAAUACCUACUUUAAAAGGAAUACCUAUUGUAAAUAGAAUACCUAUUGUAAAAAGAAUACCUACUAUAAAAAGAAAAAUUGAACAAAUCAAGAAAAAAAAAAGUGGCAACAAUUUAAGUUCUUUUGUCGAACGUUGGACUAGCAUAAUUAGUAAAUUUCGAUACAACCGCGCUAAAGAAAAUUAAGUUGGAAUGUAGUUAAACUACUUAUAUAAAUGUGACUGAAUAAUUAUUAUACAUCUAGCAAUGAUGCUAAUUAUUUUAUAC